CGGCAGACAUUUCUAGAGCUCGGCUCCCCCGCAGCAGCAGCAGCUGUGUAUGACUGAGGGGUGUGUGUACAGCUCCGUCCAUCGGGUCCCGUGACCAGCCGCCUCCUCCUCUGAUAUGGCGGCCCCGGUGCUCACUUCCAGGCAGAUCCAGAAUGCAUACACAGGCCUUGACAUGUGGGUUCCAGAAUACCAGGAGAUUCGUGGGAAGAUGAUGACCGGACAUGUCGAGUAUCAGAUUAUUGUAGUCACUACACUACCUGCUUUCAAAUCGGCUAGACACAGGCCCGAGGAUGUCGUACAAUUUAUUGUGUCCAAGAAAUACAGUGAGAUUGAGGAAUUCUACCAAAAGAUUUGCUCUCGUUAUCCCAAGCACUCACUGCCUGCUUUCCCCAAGAAGGUGUUAUUUGUCGGGGAGACAGAUAUCAGGGAUAGAAGAGCUGCAUUCAAUGACAUUGUGAAGGCCAUCGCCCAGGACAGAGAUCUGUCAACCUCGGCUGAGCUGUGUGAUUUUUUAGGCUGUAGUGUUGGCGACUACGUUGAGUCAAAAAGCACAAAGCCUUAUGGGAAUCCGUCAGAAGAUUUAGAUUUCUUUAGAGAUGAAGACCCGCCAGAUGACGCUAUUCUGCAAAUCGCAUCCAAGCUGCGAAAUACAAAGGCUGAACCACAAAAGAAGGAGGUGGUGGAGGAAGAGGAGGAGGAAGAAGAAGAAGUAGAUUUAGAUCCACUUGGGUUAAUGAAAACAAAAAUCAAAAAGAAAAAAGUAAUUGUAAAGAAAGAUGAAGCUCCCCAGGUAAAACCCAAAUCUACCAUGUCUUUGUUCAGCGAUGAAGUGGAUCCAGAUGCAGAACUGUUUGAACCAAAUAAAAGAAUUCCAGCCACUGGCAAGAAAUCCUUUUCAGCAUCUGAUGAUGUUAAGUUAUUUGAAGAACAGGACUUGGGUGGAACUGUGAGAAAAGGAGACUCGUUGCUACUACCAUCUGCUUGCAAUGAUGACCCAUUGUUCAAACCUUCAGGUGCUGAGAAUGUAGAUGAUUUAUUCCGAGUUGAAGAAGACUUCCAGAAUCUCUUGAAUCUUGGAGUGAAGCCAAAGAUCAAACCAAAGCCAAAAAUUCCAGCCAAGCCUAGUUUUCUAAAGGAGACAAAGAAUUCAGACAACAACCUGGCACAGGUGGACUCACAGCCCAACGUACAGGCCAUGGACGAGACAGACAUCCUUCGCUACAUUAAAGAAAACGAGUCCUCAGACAAUGACUCACCCAGUCUGUUUUGAAGGAAUGAUGCUGAGAUUGCUCUUUGAAGUGUCCUUUAUCCCUGCUGCAUAAACAGCGGCUCCUGAGCUACCUCCAGUAAUAAUUACUAAUGGUGGCAGAAGUUUAAUAAACAUUAACUGCAUCUGGAAUGUGAAGAUGCCCUACAGCAACAACUCAGUUACCAGAGCUCUCAGCAUGCUUUGCAUGUUGUCAGCUUUCGCUGGGAGCUAAAACAUACAAUUAUCUUUCAUUCGGCCUCUGAAGUAGGAAACUGCAAAAGCCUGAUUUGAAUUGGGCAAAAUCCAGUGCCCUGAAUAGCUCAAGUUAUAAGCAAGCCAGCAUAGCACUGGAUGAACAGCUAUUUUAGGGCACUAAUAAAUACUAAAGUAUAAGUCACACCAUGAGCAUUUCUUUCAGCAUGGCCAAUCAAAUCACAUGGUUCCGGUAAUAGUUUCACAGUGUUGUACGUUAACCAUCAGGCUGCCGCAGAAAUAUGUAGACUUGAAAAAAGAAAAAAAAAAUUGAGUAGGAUGGAAGUGCAGUCAGUUUAUGUCUCCUCGUCAGGUCUGAGAUUCAGAAACUAAAGAUUCACAUAUCUGUUUUUCCUUUAUUUUCAUCUAAGCACCUCUACACCAAACCAUCACUUUGUUCAUUCCAGUCUCUUCUCUUGGCAGUAAAGCUGAAUAUACACUAGUAGAUUUUUCUAACACUUGUAUAAGCAUUUGCACCAAAAUUUGUUGUACAUACGAUGACUGGAUGAAUGUCUUUCGAAAGUAAUUAAAUAUUUUGUCCGCUUUUAACAGUUGAUUUUGGAAUGAAUGUAAAUUCCCAAAUGAAAAUCACAUUUACUGUUAGAAAAUCAUUUGUCUAAAUACAAUUUUCCAUCCUGCUUCUUCAGAUCGAAAACAAACGCCGAUUUGACCCCACCAAUUAUUUGAAAACAAAUGUUCUUAAAGCAAAAAAUUUCAACUGAAACUCUUACUAGUGCAUAGUCAGCUGAAGCUCCCAGGUUGGAUUGAUAGCACUGUGCAGUGCAAAAGAGCCUGAAAUGGCUGACAGAAUAAAUACAAAUAAUCAGGAACUUUAUUUUUUUGGCAAAAGUGUAUAGCUGAUGCUAGCAAAGGAUUGCUACACAAUGAAAUUUAAAAUAAUACAUUUUCUUGAUAUGAUGUUUAAACGCUGAUUGUAAUUUUCUAGUCAAAGACUGAAGAUUUUGAUAUUAGGCAUUAAAAUAUUUUGUAUGCUUAGCUGCCAUUUAGUAAAGAAUAUAGUUUUGCUUGUCAUUAUUUUAGUAUCACUGUACGCCAAUACUUUGUUAUUUUUGUACUGGUUGGAAAAUGUGAAUCAAACAUUUCCUAUUGUUUAGCAAUGAGUUUUUUUAGGAACUUUUCAUUUUAAGCAAUCAUACAUUUGUGUACCUAGGUAAAAAAUUACUGUAAAAAAAAAAGGUAAAAA